AUGGCGCUUAUCGUCCAGUGCAUGUACCCUGUCUUCAUUAAUCAGAAAAUCCAUACAGCACUUCCAGCUUCGCGAGCGUCGCUGGGUGAGCCCUGCACGGCUAGCUCUUCUGAAGCUCCACGGUCGAACGUCGGGCACGCUUCCCCACUCCCCAGAGUGUAGGCUGCCGCCGCGGCGACUUGCCCAAACAGCCGUUUUUGUAUGCAUCUUCAGCGCAUCUCGACGUGUCGAGGCGCCCUCGAAAGGCCCGAUAUGCCCCGCGUGCAUGCGCGCCAUGGACGUUUAACGAGGCACCCACGCGGGGACUGCCAUGUUGGGCACACAGACCCUUGCAGACUCGCCGAAGUGCCUGGCCUUCCCGAUGGCAACAACUGUAUAUCUGCAUCCGAGGCUAUGGGCACCUCAAACGUUGUAGAGACGGCACAUAGGGGGCUUUUAAUGACCGUGUGGGGUCGCCUACGCUGAGGCGGUUCCAGCUUCCAGCCACCCAUCACUGGUGGCACAAAGGUCCCCUCAGCGUCGAACGCGAACGCGCGAUAUGCCGGCGCUGCUGAUGCGCCCCUCGCGUCCUUCGGUUGUUACAGCGCAUUGGCAAAUGGCGUCGGUGGCGCU